AUGGGGGAGCCCGUUGGGGUUCGCGAGAGCGUGUUUGUACUGUAUCUCGGUGCCCUCUACAGCUUCUCAUCCGAAUCGCCGCUGGAGACAGGUGGGAGCAACAACAGCAGCAGUGGAGAAACCUCGCACUCUGCGAGAUGUCUGCUACCCAACUGCUGUGCAACAGCGGUGCUGCAACCGCCGUGCAGCAUGAACAAGAACGACAGCAGCAGCAGGGACAAGCAGCAACCUAGACGAAGCAGUGACAAUUCCUGCGGGCGCUCCGUCUCCGUAGCUGCUGGUGGACCUUCUGGACAGGGUUCCGGACAGAUCAUAGAGGUGUUCUGCCGCUCUUUGCCCCUGUUGCGGAUGUCGGCGACGUCUCCGGCGCUGAGAACGGCGACUGCCACCGCCGACCGAAGCGACGCCAACGGUGUCGUUGACGCUUUGCGGGAGGCACUCGGGCUCAUCUACGGAGGAGUGCACGUCGUGCACUCGCCGCACCAGCCACCAGUCAGUGCCACUGCUAGCCUAAAACCUGGCGACAUUGAUGACGGCAACAACGCCGAACGGCAAGCGCUACCGCCCCUGUUGGAGCCUUGCACGCGGUUACACGCCGGACUGGCUCCACUGUAUUCCCCGCUCGUGCGGUCCGACGACAACGCGUUCGUGGCACGAGUACUCGCCCUCUGGAAUCAUCGGCCGGCACGUCCUCCACUCGUUUCCCGCUCUUGCUUGCUGUCUCCACCGGCAGCCAAAGGCAUCACAGUCGGAAACCUCAGCUCAAGCAGCAUAUUGCUCACCGAAAACCUUUGGGUACAAAUAGCGCCGUCGAUUCCGCUGCUGCUCGGGAGGCAGCAGCACCAGCAGCACCAGCACCAGCACCAGCACCAGCAGGCACUGUCGCGACAACCACAAGCUAGCCCUCGGCGAUCGCCGGGUCACGACCUUCCGCUCACCUACCGCUGGGUUAAGGGCAUGGUUUCGAACUUGGAGUAUCUCCUUGCCGUCAAUGCCGCCGCCGGGCGGAUGGUUGGGGACCGUUCGUGCCAUCCGAUCGUGCCGUGGGUGUGCGAUUUAUUGCAUCAAGUGACGGAGGAGGAGGAGAAGGUGGCGGGAGGAGUUUGGGGGGGCGGGGAAGGGACGGGCUGGAGGGAUCUGACAAAAAGCAAGUUUCGGCUCAAGAAGGGAGACGCGCAGGUGUUGAAGGACGUCGUCCGGAGAGAGCUCGUUGUGGAGGAGUACCCGAAGUCCCUCGCCAGGAUGUACAGCUGGACGCCGGACGAGUGCGUGCCGGAGUUCUACACGGACCCAGGCGUCUUCCGGUCUGCCCACGGCGAUGCUGGUGGCUUGCCCGACCUCGAGGUUCCUCCGUGGUGCAAUGGGUCUGCGGAAGAGUUCAUCCGGUAUCACCGGUCCCUCCUGGAAGGCGAAACGGUGUCCCGCAGCCUCCACCGGUGGCUGGACGUGACGUUCGGCUACUGCCUCACGGGCCAAGCUGCCGUCGACAACAAGAACGUCCCGCUGCCUCCCGGCGGCGGGGCGAGGGCCGACGUUGCCUCCGGGCAUGCGUUUCCCGCGAGAGAUCAAAAACGUUAUGGCCUUCCGGCGGAGCACCGUACGCACUCCGGAACGUCAAGUCCAUCAGCGACGCACGCACCACCUUGGGUUGAAGUCGAAGCCAAUUCUUGUUCCGUCUCCGGUGCUGGAGGGUUCACCUUAAGCGGCAUCAGCCACCCCGGGUUCGUGCAGCUCUUCCGGCACCCCCACCCUCCGAGGAACCGAAACGCCUACACGGCGGCGGUGACUGGCGCCGCUGCUGCUGGCGCCGCUUCCGCCACCCGGCGGAAGGAUCCGUCGUCACGACCAUCUCCAGAGGACAUCGCUGGUGCUGAACCAACAGCGGAUUUCUCGCCAUUAUCGAACAUGGCGGCAGCGGCGGCGGCAGCGGUGGCGGCGAAAGAACGGGGUGCACCGACCGAAGCCGAAGGUUUGAUAGAGGGUCUCCGCAGUGCGGCCGCUGGUCCUGACGGCGCCUCCGACAGUGCCGGGAAAAGCAUUCGUGAAGGUAUAGGCACCGGCAGCCCGACAGAUGCGGUUUUGGCGGAGCGCGCGGGGCUCGAAUCGGAAGGCAGUGGCGGAGGUGCGAGCAUUUUCGGGGUGGCGUUCGACGACUACAUCGGCGAGGAAGGGGUUCGCUCUCCUCCUAACGCAGCUGGGGCGACGGCGACGGUGGCGGCGGCGGCGGCGGCAGCAGCGGAAGGGGCCGAGAGCGCCGGCGCCGCCGGCGAAGCGCGCGCGAAGGUCGAGGAGGACAGAAGAGCUUUCGCCUUUGCGCGCGACGUGGGGCUCCGCUUAGAGCCGUGGUACGGCAGGCCUCGCACGCGCUCCGGCAGCGGCCCAAGCGUUGCCGAUUCCGCCGCCGCCGCCUCCGGCGGGACCGCAGGCGUUACCGCUCCCGCGGGUGAAGACAUAGCCACGCCGACAAUGACUGCCGCCGCUGCGCGUCGCGGCGGCUACGGAAGCGGCAGCGACGGCGUUCGGUCAUCGGAGGCGGCGGACCUACUCGCGUUAGGCUGUGUCCUGGCGGAGAUGUGCGCGGGGGAACCGGUUCUGGCCGGCCCUAGUGCCUCGUCGGAGCAAGCGACGAGCAGGGGCGGCGGCGGCGACGGCUGGCUGGAAGCGGCCGUGGAGCUGCCGUUGGCGUUGCGGAAUACCAUCGGCGCCUUGACACACGCGGACCCCGCAAAGCGACCUUCAGCCCACGCCCUUUUGUCCACAACGGAGCCGGCGCUGCAUCAAAUAGACGCGGCACCGUCGUGUUCGGUGCCUUCGACGCGAACGGGUCGAGGAGGGUGGCCGGAGCCGGCGCUACCGCCGCCGGCACCGCCGUCGCCCGCCUACCGCGGGCUCUUCCCUCCGUACAUGCGCGACGUGUACGCCUUCCUCGCCGCGGUCCACCAAGAGGAGACCCCCCACAAACGCCUUGUCCUAGCCGCGGCGACUCUCCCCGUGCUCCAAGUGCCCAUCCACGCUUUCUCUCUCGCGGUGCCCCACUUGGUAUCUCUCCUCGGAGACAUUCCACUUUCGGUCACAGAAACGGAAAAGGCAGUCGUGCGCGACGUAGUGCCUGCAAGAGCUCCGACCCGCGCCGAUACGGAGGCCAGCGGCGCACAUGGAGGAAAGAGAGAUGCAACUAUUAGCACAGGAGAGGGUGAGCGGGAACGGUCCGAACAACGGUCCGAGGAUCCAACGGCGCCUGUGGCGGCGAUGGGACCUCUAUCGCCGUCGAUAACGGCGGAGGGGGCGGUGACAGGCGUUGCGCAUCUGGACGAGUCGUCGCCCGUUUUAGCAGGAAAAACGUCGCAGCUUGUUGCCGAGGUUUCGAAAUCGUACUCACCGUCGUUGAGGCCGGUGGAGGUGGUGACACAAUCUCUCUCUGUGGAAGGAGGCAAUACGCACCCGCCAAAAUUGGCGGCAGCGGCGGCGGCAGCAGCAGCAGCAGCAGAGGCCGAGACCGUGGAAAAGGCGGCGGGAGCACAGGCGGAGGCGGAAGCAGAAGCCUCGAGGACGAAAGCGGCCGAGGCGGUGAAGCACGUGGGGGCGUGGGUAUCGGUGUUCGAUCUCUCCGCGGCAAGACUCGGCCCCGGUCUCACCUUAGAGGUCUUGUUUCCUCCGGUGAUGGCGUGCUUGGAAGGGAAGAUGAACUUCUGCCGGUGCCCCACCACGACCGAGUCCAUCCAGCCGGUGGCCCUCGGCCGAACCGCGGCGCAUGCAUGUAGGGUCCGGACCCCGCAGCACGCGUGCCAUCUGAUGGACGCCGACAUAUGGGGGGUGGUCGCCCGAAGGGUAGGAAACGAGGCCUUCUUGAGGCGUGCUCUCCCGCUGCUGCUGGCGUGGUUGGAGCGAGGAGUGCAGACCGAGACCGACGGUACGCCUCGGUGCCGUGCGACGAAAACAGCAGCAGCAGCGGUUGCAGCAGAGCAGGUGGCGGAGGAGGGGGCCGAAGAUACAGCAGCGCCGCGUGUCCAAGAAGAAGCACAACGGGACAGCGUUACGCUGGCGCCGGAGCGCUUUCCUCCACCAAGCCGUGCGUCCGGCGACGUGACAACGAGCGAGGGUUCGACACAGGCGAAAAUGUCCUCCCGGGACGCGCCGGGAGGGCGAGGGGAUGAUGGAGUGUGCGAACCAGACAUGUCCGUUGAGGGUGGCGAGGAUUUUUGUGCGAGCCGGGUGCAGGUGGCCGCCUCUGCCUGCGUUUCACAGGACAUUUUUGAGUGCCUCGGACCGACCCUGGCCGCUCGUUACCUGAUUCCGGCGCUGGUGGACUGCCUGGGCCGCCUCGUCAAUACGGCGGCAGCCUCGACUCCCCACGCCUCCCGCUCGGGUACCGCCGCCACCCCUGAGUCUGACGUCACCUGGGGCGAAACCAACAAGAACGGCUUGGCCGCACUUCCCCUUCCUCCUCCUCCUCGAUUUGCGGGAGCAGCUGCCGAGCUACGUUGUCCUCCGCCAUCCCAGGAUCGCUGCGGGGGUGGAGACCCCGCGAGUCUUGCGCUUCUCAGGUAUUGCCUUACCCGCGGCGCGACGGAGGAGUAUCCAGAUCCCGGGGUCAGCGGAGGGACGCCCUUUUUGGUGCUAUCUAGGGCCCUCGGAGACAUCUGUGUGCAUGUUCUCCCGAGUCUGGCGCCCGUGCUGGCACAGCGAGGGAGUCCGUCCGCGACGGCAACGGGCUUCAGAUCUGUCCUAGAGGUUACCUCUCUGCUCGGGCGACUUCUACCCACGCUCUGCCCCGAGACGAUAUCCCACUUCUACGUUGGCCUGCGGCCAGCAACAGCGUCAUCACCGCCGUCCGUUCAUGCGGAUGCCACCGGCACCGAGGCGGUGGCAGUUAUGCCGCAAGCGGCAGCCGAACAUCACAGCGUGCCCUGGCUGCUCUUGGCGAUGCCGCUGCGGCAGCCCGACUUCCGAGAAGCGGGAGGUCGUGACUCGAACUUGUCGACGGACCGUUCCUCGGACCGUUCCGCGAUCCGACGCUCACCGGGUCGGCAGGAAGACGGGUUGUUGAACCCUACCAUCGGCGAUGGUGGAGGUGGCGUCCACGUCGACGGCGUCCGGAACCACCCCGAAUUUUCCGGGGAACCCGCGGGAGGGGCUGCUGAGGGCGUGUGCGACGACGCGGACGUCUCGACGUGUUUCGUUUGCCACGUGGAAACGGCGCGGUUGCUUGCGACGACGGCGAUGGGGGUUCUCGGGGACGGCGGCUGGGAGGAAGAGGGGCGAGAGGAGUGCUCGAUGGUGCUGCAGGCGGUGGAGACGUUUUUUGCCGACUUCGGGCGCUUGUAUUGCGGGUGGGUGCACCUCGCGAGAACCGAGGCCAGGGGCACAGCGGCUCCGCGCGAGCCUAGCUGGUUCGACGUGAUGCGCCGGCGUGUCCCCUCGGCGUCUGGCCGCGGCGUCCCGUGGCUGACGGGGAGCCUCGUGCACGCCAAGAGAGACCCGCCACAGCAGCAGCAACGGCGGCAGCCCCUCGCCGCCGUUCCUCGAGAGGGCUUCGGUGCGGGCGAAGAAGCAAGCGCCUUCGAUCUGGCAGCGCUCAGGCAAGUGGUGCGGGAAGGAGAGGGUGACACCGCCGCCAGACCACAGCAGCAUUCGUGGCACCUUGGCCAUCCCGGUCCAGCCGAUGGAGUCGUGGCCGGCACCGCCGGCGCCGCCGGCGCUGUUGUCGUCGGCAGCGGGGGGCUGAAGUCGUCCUGGAAGGCUGAGCAGCAGCUCGUGGGAUCAAGCGGCGCUGACAGAGACGGCUCGGUCUUUACCUCGCGGGAAGUCGGCGAAGAAGAUGCGCUCGACUACGGCCACGGCGCCCCGCACGACGACUUGUCCGUUGUAACAGACGGUGGGAUGUACAUCUCGCCGGCGGAAUCGCCGGAGCCCCCGUACAGCCCGGGCCACUUCGGCAGCGGCAGCACGGCGGUGCAGGUAGUCUCCGGCGUUGCGGAUCGGAUUCAGCAAGCGAUCAAGCAGCGCCUGGUCGCGGACGGGGGCGGAGAUGGCGGUGGUGGCAGCGGCGUGUCGCCCUCGGCCAAGCGUCUCGCCGGGUGGUUACAGUCGGGUUGGCGGACAGCAUCAUCGGUAGGAACAGCAGCAGCCUCACCAUCUUCCGGUGCACACCGAAAUCGACGACCAAGACAGUGGACAACGGGUGGCGGUGGCGGGGCCACCGAAAGCUCCACCGGUCAGGGAGCGGUAGACGGCCGCGAGAUUGGUGGCGGCGGCCAGGCGCGAAGUAGCCCGCGACGAGGGGUGCCGGCGUGGGGACACGCGUCUGAGAAGCUCGACCCGCUUCUGCCACCGCCCCUGUCGGCGCUGCCGCCCGCUUCCUCGAGCCAUCGCGGCCGUGGCAACGCGGCGGUGGCCGGCGGCGGCGGCGGCGGCGGCGGCGGCGGCAGCGAUAGCCUACGACGGCAACACCGGGAGCCGCAAGGGGAAGGCAGGGAAGGGCGGUCCGGUCGUAGCUGGAGCCGCGAAGCGCGGACGGCGGCGCCGGAGGCGGGAGAUGGAGGCGGCAGCAAGUCCGAAGAACUUUCCCUGGAGUGGCCGUCUCUGCUAGGCGCCCUCGGGUCGCGGGCUCCUUCCCCCACCGCCAGGAGCGACUCCUCGCAGCACUCCCGGGCCGCCGCCGCCGCCGCCGCUGCUCCCGUCUCCUUUGCCGGUUCGCCGGGAGACAACGACCGCGACGACGGCGGGGCCGCUCGUAUCCGUCGUGAAACGGCAGAGGCAACGGCGACGGCGGUCGCAACCGGAGCCGAAGACGGGACGCUGCCGUCGUCCCCGCCGCGGUCCCCCUUCGUGUCCCGAGGCACCUCGCCCACGAGGUCGUUGUCCGCGCCGGCGAGACCGCCUGCCACCGCCGCCGCCGCGCCCCUGGUUUCGUCGGACCCGCCCCCCCCACCGCCUGGCACGUGCUGGGGGGUGGGGGUUGAGGUGGCGCCCCGGCUGCGGGAGCGCGGGUGGCUGACGGGUGCCAGGGAGUGGGGGGAGUCUGGGCAAAGACGAGGGCGCGAACCGGCACAAGGAUUUCAGCCGGAUAGCGUGGGGUCUAUGUUUUCUCUGGACAUGAGUUUACAGACAUCGUUUUUUGGCCACAAGGCCGCGGUGACUAGCAUGGCCGUCGAAAAGCGGUCGGAGUCGGUCCUGCUCACGGGAUCCGCGGAGGGAGAGGUGCGCGUGUGGUCUCUGCGCGACCACCCGGUCUCUCGCGUGAGCGGCUUUUUUUCCGGCGGCGGCAACGACGGCAGCGGCGGCGGCGGCGGCGGCGGCGGUUCUGGAAAGGACGUGCGUUUCGCCGUCACGCAGCUCGGGAUUUUCGAAGUCUCUGGGCGAGCGGCGGCGCUUGAUGGGCUGGUCCGCGUUUGGGACGUCGAGAGGAGCCAGGGCCUCGCCAUCUGCCACCAGGGGACGCACAAGGGCGCGCCCCCGCUGACGGCGUUCUCGCUGAGCGGGUGCGGGGAAGGAACCACCCCCCCCCUGGACGACUCGGAGUGGGACAAGGUGUCUCCUGGGGAGAGCGGUUGUUUCUCCGCUCCUGAUGACCAACAAAUAACCGCUUCCUACGGGGGGGGCGUCGUGCACUUUGAUUGCAGGCAAGGUCGAUCGGGAGGUACGGCGCAAGACGUCUUUCCGGUGGCGCAGUGGGACGUGGACGCGCGUUUGCAGUCUUUGCUCGCUCUCCCGUCCAGCAAGGGUCAGAGCCGCGGCGACCACCGGCACGGAUCCUCGUCGAGACGCAACGGCGACGCGGCCCCGCUGCCGGUGGGGCUGUGCACGGUGUGCGAGGGCGAGGGUUCGUGGGUGGCCGCCGGCUCCGGCGCGGGCAACGUGGUGGUCUUCGACAAGAGGCGGCCGGGCGGCAGGCCUCUCUUCUGGUGGAACGCGCACGGCGGGGUCGUUGUCGGCGUAUUCCACGUCGCUCGGCAUCUCGUGCUGACAAUGUCACGCGACCGGACAGCUGUCCUCUGGGACCUGAGCCGCUCCCCAGGGGAGGGCUCGGGGAUCGAUUCAACCGGCACGGGUCCUGCAUUGCUGCGCCACCCGUCGUGGGGGGUGGGGGCCUACAGCAGCGGUGGACAAGGUUCGGGGCUCACCGGAGGCGGAGAGGGGGGCUACGGGGAAGCAUCCCCGGUGCGAGUUUCCACCGCGUUCGGAUUGCCGGACGCCGCGCCCGGGCUGUCCCCGGCCACCGUCCUCAUGCUCCCUCUGUCUCCUCCCCCCACCCCGCCCAUCAACAGGCUGGCAGGAGCUGGAAUUUCCCUGUUCGGAGAAAGUUUUUCGGCGUCGGGGAGAGCGGGCGGCGGCGCGGAAGCGAGAUUGCAGAGAGAGAAGCUGCCCGUGUUGUUUGCCGCGUCCGGCGAUAGGAUGGUCGCCAGCGUCGUGCGUCUAGAACCAGACGCAAGGGGGCGGGAGGAAGGAUUGCACCCGGCGAGAUUUUUGGGCCCGGCGGGGAAGACGGUGAAGGGCAAGAAGGGCGGCGUCGGCAGUGGCGGCGGGAGACGGUCGGCGUCGGGGGCGGGCGGGCUUGUGGUGCGGUCGAUCGCGGUGCUGCCGCUCCGCAGACUCUCGCUUCUCGGGUGUGCGGAUGGGUGGGUUAGGGUCGGGACGUGAGAUCGGGGGGUUCGUGCACAUGCCCUGGUUUUGUCUCUCUUGUUUUUGGUCGUGGUUCUCUCUCUCUGAUCAUGGCGUGUUUUGUGUUGUGAGGAAAGCGAGCGACUCUUUCUAGGGGAAAAGCGGGUCUGUCUAGUUGCUCUGGCCGAAUGGCCAGGGAGCAGCCGCGAUGACGUGAUUCAUUUGCGGAAGAAUCGGAACUUCUUAGGGCGAGACGCGGGUGGGCGGGAUACGGAGCGCCCAGGUGUCCCCCAUGAGCAUUCCGCUUUACGUCUCUGUGUUUUUUAUGCCUUCGACGGUGUUUUGUAGAUGUUGACCUGGUCGUGUAAGGGGGGAGUUCCAGAGUUCAAUGGUGAUACGUGUCAGCAAUACCGCCCACGGGCGUAAGGUCGGAUAAUGUGAUCUGCCUGUGUGGUAGCUAAGCUCAUCCUGGGUUUGCCCGGGCUUGUACAGAGGUCUAGAAGUGUCAUUAUUUUUCGUUAAAUCCUUGCCCCAGGGCUGUGUCAUUUGGCAUCCAGCAACAACACAAUAGAGAGACCGUAGCAUCAUUGUAUACCAAAAACAGAGUUGAAACGUAUACGGAGAACGUGAUGCGACUAGGUUAGAUCUUGUUCCAGUACUCCAGAAUAUAAACAGAAUAGUAUAAACAAACACAGUUGUGUUUGUUAUGAUAACCAAUGUUUUUUCGGGACCAGUUUUGUUUUAACCUCUGUCGUCGCUCCACACGCCAAACUCGUCAAUUUAUCGAUUUACUUGGGAAGGCGCUAACAAGCGUACGUACGUGUGGCGUGUUUCCCCCGGGCCCCCUCUGAUGGUAAAAUAUUCACCGGGUUGGUGCACCGCAAACAUCGAGUCGUCAAUCGUCUUAACUGUAUGCCCACGACAGUCCUUAUAGCGUAGUGAAACCUCGGUAUUUUUCAUCUUCGGUACUUAUUCUUCCGGGGGAAUGACCAUGCCAACAAUUCGUGUGUGUGACGUUUGCAUUUGAAGUGCCGAAGGAGAGUGUUUUACUGUUUGGAGGGGAUGGACUUGUCAACAUUCCGUGCGUGUGUGAUGCUUGCAUGGACAACAAUGGAAAUGGGGUUAGAGUGCCAGGGCGACACAGUUGCUACUCCUAGUAUAGUGCAUGGUGUGGGAAGGAGGGGCUCGGGGUCGCGCUUGGGCCGGAUGGUGAUCUCGUCCGUGAUAUGGGGUGUCGUGUAAAUCCUGCUGCAUCUACCCUAGAGAUUUGGGGACAGAGGGCGCUGGCUGAUACAAGGGCGGUUUGUGCGGGUAAUGUCGCCGGGGAUUUCCGUGACCUGAACAGUGAUGCACGCCUGAAGCCACUGGAGGCACUGGAUACGAUCGGCCUUAGCUGCGUUUUCACGCCCUCCU